UUCUUCAGGAAUGCUUACGGUUACGUCUACUGCAGCCCUGCUGUCUUGCCACAUGGAUUUUUCGUGGUUUGGUGUUUGAACAUGGGCUUGAACACAGGGUGGUUGUUCCUGUGGGACCGAAGCUUGAUGCCCGCUGCUCUGGUCGUCCUCAUCCUCAUCGCCUUGACCAACUACCUGGUGAUAUUCUUCUCCUGCUACGGCCUCAACAACUAUGGAGCCUGGCUCAGCAAGUACCACAACGUCGACCUGUGGCUCCACCGUGUGUUGAUUCAAAAUGGUGUUGCCAUAUAUGCAACAUGGACAACCAUUGCGUCCAUGAUCAACCUGGCUGUGGUGCUGAAUUAUAAUGCAAACAUGUCCCAGACGGAUGCUUCCACUGUGUCCCUCUCAGUUUUGACUGUGGGGUUAUUUGUGUGGUUUAUCCUGGAAAACUCUGUCCUGGACAAACAUGUGAGGUUCAUUCUCACCAUUUACCCUGUUGUGAUCUGGGCGCUGACCGGCGUGUUCAUGGAAAACUACAACGCCGAAGAUCCAACUCGCAAUAAUAUCUUCAUUGUCUCCCUGUUGGCCGUCGCGUGCGCCUUCUUUGUCACACGGGUGGGUUUGUUCGUCUGGAAGCAAAUGAAAAAUCCCCUUUACAAAGAUCUCAACCCUGAGGCCAUGUGUCCGAUGGAGAUCGCUGGGAAGCAGAAAACGAUUUUUAAGUGACGAUGCAGCUGAAUGUUUUUCUGAUGUGUGUCGACUCAGUGUGGUUUCUGUUUGAGCUGCACUUCUAAAAAGCUCUGAACAUGUUGUAACUGAUGACUUUUGUCCUGGGGACGCUGCGGACACAGGAGGAAGCUUCAUAAUAUAAAUGUGAUAUGAAAUUACAAGAUGAUGAAUCUCAUUAACUAUAAUACAUUUUGUAGUCUGAAUUUGUUUAACAUCUCACCACUAUUUUUCAGAGAAAUAUAACGACUGUGAUGUUACUUUUUUGUUUUUGUUCAUGAAUUUUAUCUUUUGUUUUCUGCACUAUUUUAAUAAAUAUAUGUUUUCCUCAAUUUCAAGCCUUUGUGAAAUGUGUGUGUGCUGCCAUAUUCUGCCUCCGCUGCAUGUUUUCUUACAUGUUUAAAACGUAUUGUUCUGUACUUGCCUGACACUUUAACCAGUCAUUGUUGGUACAUAUUUCACUCCGCCCUAAGCCUUGCCAUAAUGUUUUUCUGUGUUUAGUAAUUUGAUCAUAUGAAUCACAUUUUCUUCUUUGUCCGCCUCUGAAACAUCAGCUUCAAUCGGCUUCA